AAAAAAUGGACAAGAACAGAACUGGAGUAUGAUAAAACACGGGAGAAAGCCUGGAGAGGGCUGACUAAUGCCUUUCAUUAAAAACCUUACAUUAAAACAGCUGAUUAUCCCACAGCUCCUGAACGCACCAUCUCAAACAUGUUGCUAUGGAAACAGCUAACAGCUAGCAAGUAGGGUUUCGUUAUCUUCGAAGUCUGCAUUUUUGUUGAGGUUUAUUAAAAAUGACGCCGAUAAACCCGGACCCUCUGUCAGGGGAGGAUCCUCCAGGAGGAGGGGGAGAAGAGGAGGAGGGAGGAGCAGGGUGGAGCUGGGGGUCAAAGGUUCCAGUAAAGGUGCUAAAAGCUCACAGCGAUGCCAUCACUGCAGCUCGACUCUGCUGCAACGACCGCUGCAUCCUGAGCUGCUCUUCAGACUGCAGCGCCAUUCUCUGGGAUGUGGAGAGCUUCCAGCCUUUGAGGACGUUUACAGGAGUUCACAGUAGAACCAUCACUGAAUGUGCUCUGAUCCCAUACAGCAACAGGAUGGUGACGGUGUCCUGGGAUAAGAAGAUGGUGGCCUGGGACCUGGAGACAGGACAUGUUCUGUGGCAGAUGAAGCUGGACGGUCUGCUGACAUCCUGCAGCUGCUCCGCCGACGGCCGGCUGCUGGUUUGUGCUGUAGACCCUCAGAACAGUGUUUACAUCUGCAGCGCCUCCAGUGGUCAGAUGUUGCAUCACAUCAGCAACCAUCACCGCUCCACCAUCACGCAGUGCUGCUUUGACCCUCAGAGCCAGCGGGUGGCGUCGGUGUCUGCAGACAAGAGCAUCAAACUGUGGGACCUGCAGGCUCAGACAACCACCGUUUCCAUCAGCAGUAACCAUGGCAAUGUGAUUUCUGACUGCUGCUUCAACAGCAACGGGCACUUCCUGUGCACGGCAUCAUGGGAUAAAACCCUGAAGCUGUGGGACCUGCAGGGGGGGCAGUUCCGCUCGCAAGGUGGGACGACGCUGCAGCGGGGCCAUGAAGGCAGCGUGAGCUGCUGUGUCCUCUCUGCUGACGACGCCCUGCUGGUGUCGGGCUCCUACGACAGGACCAUGGCUCUGUGGGAUGUGUCCUCGCUCAGCCGGACUCUGGUCCUGAAGGGCCACACUGAUUGGGUGACGGACGUGUCUCUCAGUGCUGACAGGAAGCUGGUGGCCUCUUCCUCCAAGGUUUCCUCUUCACUCAGAUUUUUACAUGACAAGACUGUUCGAAUCUGGGAUGUGGAGAACAUGGAGGAGAUCCCUGAGAUUAAGCAGAGGAAGAGUGCAGAGGGAACAGGAAUUCAGAUCCUGAAGAGACCGCUGGAGAUAGACACCAGACGUCCCUCGACGAUGGAUGGAUUUCUGGAUGUAUGAAUCCAUGUCAUGAACUGCAUUACAGAAAUGGACCUUCUCUGCUUCCUUCAUCUGAUUUUACUCCAACUACAGCAACACUCAGUCCAAACUAUAAAAGUCUAAACCAUCUUUCAGAAUAAAUAAAGAUGUUCAGUAGAUAAAUUAAGAAUGAACGACUGAACAGAC